AAUCGCCACUGACUGACGCUUCCGAUGACAUGCACACUUUGCAGAGCCUACUACAAUCGCGACCUGUUUUACUGUCAACUCAUUUACGGUCAAUUGGUCAGCGAACUAGACGGCAUGUUGGGAGGUUUGUGCCUUCUGCUUUGCUGUUCGCUCGCGUCUGCUCAGUUCAAUCCACACUUUCUGCCGGGACGACACGCGAUAGUGCAGCUGUUCGAGUGGCGCUACGAAGACAUCGAGCGGGAGUGUCAAGCGUACCUCGGUCCGCACGGGUUCGGUGCGGUUCAGCUGUCGCCGGUGAAUGAAGUUCGCGAUGGCACGAGCUGGGCCGACCGGUACGAACCGGUUUCGUUUAAACUGACCAGUCGCUCGGGAAACGAAUCGUCGCUGCGGUCGGCUAUCGAUGCCUGCAAUAAGGCCGGUGUGCGUGUAAUCGUGGAGGUAGUGCUGAACCAUAUGGCUCGUGCUGAUGCCGGCUCCUCCACGACAACGCGUGGCACAGCUGGCUCGACCGUAAACCCUGCCACCCGUGACUAUCCCGAUGCACCGUUCAGUGCGGCAGACUUUAACGACCAGUGCCGCAUCGUCAACCCGGAAGAUCCGCACGAGCUGCGCAACUGUUGGAAGGAAGAUCGACCCGAUCUCAAUCUCAGCCUGCUGCGCGUCCGGGAGCGUAUUCUGAGCUUCCUCAACCGACUGCUGACGUUCGGAGUGGCCGGCUUCUUUGUAGAUUCUGCGCUGUACAUGUGGCCGCACGAUUUGCGGGCAGUUUUCGAUAAGGUGCAGAAUCUUACCACGGUCGGAAAUGUCUUCCCACCGGGUAGUCGUCCGUUCGUCUGUCUGGAUCUCUCGUACCACGGACUUAGCGGGUCGGAGCUGGCACUGCGUGCAAGAUGGAGUGACUACAGUGACCUUGGAAUGAUUGCACAGGAUCGCUUUGCGUACGACAUCGGUGAUGUUCUGCUGAAGAGGAAGCCUUUCCACUACUUCGUUCACCUCGGCACCCGGCUCGGGUAUGUACCGCGCGAGAAGGCCCUGAUCUACGUCAACAAUCCACAGCUCCAACGACUUCCCGAUGCGGACGGUGAUCUGUGGGUCGUUUCGGCACGCAACCGACGCGCGUAUCAGAUCGGUCUUGGGUUCAUGCUAGCGCAUCGCUACGGCACGCCGCGCAUUACUAGCUCGUACGAGUUUGCAAACGCUUCCCAAGGUCCUCCCAGUGACGCUCAGGGCAAGAUAGCACCCGUUCUUUUCGAUAACUCAGGCCACUGCCGACUGCCGUGGAUCUGCGAGCAUCGAUGGCCGGUGGUGAGGAAAAUGGUUCACUUCCGCAACAUCACCAACGGCACCGCAGUAAGGGCGUGGGUUGACAAUGGCCAGAAUCAGAUCGGCUUCUGCCGUGAUCGCGUUGGGUUUGUGGCCUUCAAUGCGGAAAUUUCGCUCUCGCUCAAAGCGAACUUGUACACGUGCAUGAUGCCCGGGGUGCACUGCGAUCUGAUCAGCGCAACGGACGAUGGGCUCGCUGCGGAUGGUGACUGCCCGGGUGCAACGGUGACGGUGGCCACCGAUGGGUGGGCAGAGAUUUUCAUACACAGUCAGCUGGAGGAACCAUUCAUAGCGCUGUUGAACACUUUCAAACCAAAAUAAACGUGUGUGAGUGUGAAGAGAAU